AAGCCGUAGUCUGAAAAAAGAAGCAGAGGAAGCUGAGCACGUGAGGUGUCCUCGUGUUAAGUUGUUGUUAGCAGACGUUCGGCUCAGAAAAUCAUCGAUUGGAAAUGACGAAGGUGAAGAAGGAGAAAUUGGAUGCGGAGGAGCCCGCCGGCGUCCCGGAGCGCUCCUAUCACGAACUGAUCGCGAACCUGAACCCGAUCGCGCAGCCGCUGGCUUCCAGGAAGCUCAGCAAGAAGCUCUACAAGUGCGUGAAGAAAGCUGCCAGAGUGAAGAACAUCCGCAGAGGAGUGAAGGAGGUGCAGAAGUUCAUCAACAAGGGAGAGAAAGGGAUCGUGGUUUUAGCUGGCGACACUCUGCCCAUCGAGGUGUACUGCCACCUACCGGUCAUGUGUGAGGACAGGAGCCUGCCGUACGCCUACAUCCCCUCCAAAGUGGACCUGGGUUCAGCAGCCGGCUCUAAGCGACCAACCUGCGUGAUCCUCAUCAAGCCCCACCAGGACUACCAGGAGGCCUACGACGAGUGUCUGAGCGAGGUGUCGGACCUGCCCAAACCUCUGUGAGCUGCCUCCAAUCAGAAGAAGCUCCGCCUUUACCAGUUUCCACUGAUGAGCGACACCAUCCUGAGAGGCAGCUGCGUUACCUUCAAUGAACUCAUGAAAUCUGAUAUGAUUUCAUUUCUGCUGAUCUGGACUCACUGAGGAGUUUUUCAGUUUUUUAUUUUAUUAAAAAAAGAUGAUGGACUGAA